AUGGCACAAGGACCUAUGAUUGGUACGAUAACAGUUAAAAUUGUCAAAAUUGCUAUCACUAUAAUUAUACUUUUUCUAUAUCGAACCGGAUAUGCUGGACAAUUUUUAGGUGUUGGAGCAGUUUGGAAUUUUAAUGAAGAAAAAAAUGUUGAUGUUGAAAUUUUGGCAUCCGGUGUUUUCGUCGGUUAUUUAUUAUAUAAUAUAUCGGCCUUGAUUACUUAUUGUAUAAGCUCUGAAAAAUCAGCAAACGAUUGUUUGAUGAAUCUUAUCGGGAUAUUUUUAUGGACCGGUGUGGCUGGUACAGCACUACAUUAUUGGCCCGGUUUUCAAAAUGAACAUGGUAAUGAAUAUAAAUCAACAGAAAAAGAUGUCGGUAUGGCUGUCGGUAGUUUAAGCGUACUUAAUGCUGCUGCACAUUAA